AAAAUAACCAAAAAAUUGUAUCGAUAAAAAUCGCACAUUCCUAGCUAUCGCGCCAACUUGUACCGCACGGCAAGCGUUGUGUUCUGUGUGCAGAAGCCAUAACCGUCUAGUUUAUUCUUACUGUGUCUAUAGGUUUGACGUAGAGAGUGCCAGCGAAGAGAACAGCAAAACGUAGUCCGAAAAUAUAUUACGACGGUAAUGGCGGACGAGGAGCUACCAGCAGGAUGGGAGAAACGCCUCAGCAGAUCGACUGGUAUGUCGAAACUGACGAUUUUUGCAGUCGCAACCCCACGAUCGGCGAUCUUGUUAAGGCGCGAAUCUCAACACGGAGCAUCGUGGAAUCCACGAUCUCAUAGCCGCGUUUUGCUCUCGGAGCGAGAUUACGAGCAUUUCGACGUAUAACAUUUCAUUGAUAUUUCGCUGAUGCUAAUCAAUUCGCAGUGGUCAAGAGAAGUGUCCGAUACUCCUCGAUGUUCUCGACAAAUUUUUGUAUUACGUCAACACUAUUAUUUAAAUAUUUAUACCAAGGAAAGUCAGUGGGAUAGGCCAGAUAAACCUGCUGAUCCAUCUGGUAAUGGCAAGGCAGAUGGACCUGAAGAAGUGCAAUGCUCUCAUCUACUUGUAAAACAUUCAGGCUCUCGACGACCUUCUUCCUGGCGAGAAGAGAAUAUUACUAGGUCAAAAGAAGAAGCUCUAGAUUUGGUCAAAUCUUAUAGAGAACAAAUUGCAUCUGGUAAAGCGACGUUCGCUGAACUUGCCUCCAAAUACAGUGAUUGCAGUUCGGCAAAGCGUGGCGGUGAUCUCGGACCUUUCAGUCGUGGUGCAAUGCAGAAACCCUUCGAACAGGCAGCAUUUGCGCUGAAAGUUGGCGAGCUAUCAUCACCUGUGCACACAGAUAGCGGAAUUCAUAUCAUCCAACGAACUGCAUAAGCCAAUUCAGUCUGAAACGGAUUGUCAAUAUUUUGCAAGAAGUCUCUCUCUCUCUCUCUCUCUCUCUCUCUCUCUCUCUCUAUCUAU